CAGGGAGCAGCAGAUUCCGGCGGUCUGCUCCGACUCCGUUUGCGGCCGAGACGCGAUCCAGUUCCUCCGGCCGCCACGAUGCCUCGGUAUUAUUGUGACUACUGCGACACCUACCUGACCCAUGACUCGCCAUCUGUCCGAAAGCAACACAAUGCGGGAUACAAACAUAAGGCAAAUGUUCGAAACUACUAUCAGCAAUUUGAGGAGCAGCAAACUCAAAGUUUAAUUGAUCAAAGAAUCAAGGAACAUUUGGGACAAGCUGCAGCUUUCCAAGUUGGCGCCCCUUUCAACCAACAUCUUCUCUCAUACCCAGGAGGUGUGCACCGUCCUCGUCUUCCGAUUUUACCCACACCUAUGAUGCCACAUGGUGUCCCUCAAGUACCUGGUGCACCGUUGAUGCCAGGAGUUAGGCCUCCUAUUUUACCAGCUCCAGGUCUUCCAGGUUAUCCUGGUGCUCCGCCAACUAUGCAGCAACCAGGUGCCCCACCUGGUUCCAUGCCAAUGCAGAUGGCACCUCUCCCAAGGCCUCCAACACUACCACCCCCAACAUCUGGAGCCCCAGGCGCCCCUAUUCACAACAGCGGGGCUCCUCCGGCCAUGUACCAAACAAACCCACCGCCACCUGCAGGGCCAACUUCUGGUGCUCCACCGGCUCCAGCAACUGCUCCUCCACAGCCUGCGUUCUCCUACGCACAACCAUCUGAAGGCACCCACUGAUUCUGUUCCUCAGGCAUUUACUUAGGAAGCAUAUGAAGAUGCAGAGAAAGGUUGCUCUUUUGAACGUUGAUGCUGCUGUCAUUUAACUGAGAUCAUUCUGUAUGUCUGUCACUUGAAUUUGAGGGAUCGUUGACAAAAGCUUCCUGUAAGUUUAUGAGGCGCGGGUGGGGACAGUAUUGUAGUUGAAGUUAACAUUGUAAUCGACUUCAGUUCGUAUUAAUUUCAGAAGAUACUUGCGAGUCAAAACUAACUGGUUUUCCUCUGGUAUAGAAAUCUUGUGCGGCACGGGAUGCUUGAACUCGAUGCUGCAUCUGUAUGUUGUAACUGACCACCUUUCAUUUUC